AUGGAAGUAGUAGGCUCGGCUAUGUUCUCCUUGGCCCAAAAGUUGAAAGAAUGUAGACAUAGAUUAGUUCAAUGGCAAAUAACUCACAAAGCAAACUCUCGGAAAGAAAUUGAGAACCUUCAAGCUAGCCUAGAGGAGCUGCGGGUGGCUGGAAUCAAUGGGGGAGAGGAGAUUACCAGAUUGGAAGAGAAGUUGGAGCUAGCAUAUAUGAAAGAAGAGAGCUAUUGGAGAGAAAAAUCUAGAGUCAAAUGGCUAAAAGAAGGAUAUCAGAACACCACAUUCUUUCACCAGAAAUUUCAAUCAAGGGUGCGCAGGAACAGAAUUUGGAGAUUAGUUGGGAGGAACAAUGAAAUUGCAUUGAAACCGGAGGAUAUAGCAAAGGUAGAUGAAGACUACUUCUACGAUAUUUUUACUUCUUCUUGUUCGGUUGAUCCGAAUCCAUAUUUGGAGGAUUUGGAGCCUAAGAUUACAGCUUCCAUGAACCGUAGGCUCCAAAGGCUGAUAACUAUGGAUGAGGUCAAAAGAGCUAUGUUCAGUGUUCAUGCUCAGAGUGCUCCUGGUGAUGACAGGUUUAGAACUAAGUUUUUUCACUUUUUCUGGGAUAUAGUUGGAGGUGACAUUUUUAAGGCAGUGCGAAGUUUCUUUCACAGUGGCAGAAUUCUAAAAAGUUUCAACCAUACUCAAAUUUGUUUGAUUCCGAAGGUGCCAGAUGCCAGUGACAUGACUCAGAGAAGUGGAGCAGAUCAUGAGAUGGCUAUUAAACUAGAUAUAAGCAAGGCUUAUGAUAGGGUUGAAUGGCAAUUCUUAUGGUACAUCAUGGAAAAGCUGGGCUUUGAUGCUAAAUGGAUUAACUGGACUAAGGAAUUGUGCUCACCUAAUACAAGCCAAAGCAUUUUGGAAUUGCUAGAGAUCUACAAGGACUUCAGUGGGCAAAAAGUCAAUUUGAACAAGUCGGCCAUCUUUUUCAGUCACAACACACCUCAGAACAUAAGACUAGCAAUUGCGCAGACACUAAAUAUUGAACAUAUCGGAGUCCAAGACAAAUACUUGAGGCUGCCCUCUAUAGUUCAGAAAUCAAAGAAAGAAACCUUUGGAGCUAUCAAGGAUAAAGUUCAAAAGAGGAUUAUGGGUUGGAAAAGAAGUUUAUUGUCCUCAGGUGGCAGGCACACGCUAUUGAGAGCAGUGGAGGAAGCGAUUCCUAUUUACACACUUUCUUGUUUCAAGCUCCCAGACACGCUGUUAACUGAGAUUCAUAGCAUGCUCUCACAAUUUUGGUGGGGUCAAAAAGGCACAGAAUAA